AUGGUACGCCAAAUACCAGCUCGUUCCUCAAGGAGCCGGGUGACGCCUGCCCGUCAACCGAAGCGUCAGAGACAGGCAGACGAUCAUGCUCCAGAUAUCUAUCAAGAACUGUUGGAGGAGGCCGAAGAUAGAGAUCCUGGUCAAUUUGAUUCGGACAGACCAAUCAAAAGGCACAAGGCCGGAGAUAGGAAAGCUAUCCCUGUGGGAUUAGGGGCCUCGGAACAAACACACCAGGGCUCAGAAACAAACCAACAUAGCACCCAACCAGUGCAAACUGCUUACGAUUCAUCGACAUCAGAAGAAUCAGACGUUGAUUGGGAAGACGUUAAAUUACAGCAACCGUCUCAGUCUUUGUGGAAUGGAAAUUUUGUGCCUCAAGGCGACGACGAGGUGCUCCAGAUCACACUAGAGCAGGAGCCCGAGAAGCACAAAAAAAUGAUCCAAAGAAGGAAGCCCUUAACUGGAGCCGAGAGAAAAACCAGAUUGGAUGUGCACAAAUCUCAUAUUCUUUGCCUUCUUGGCCACGUCCAGUUGCGCAACAUGUGGUGCAAUGACGAGGGAUUACAGGAAUUCCUAAAGAAGACACUGCCUAAGAAAGUAGUGGCGCUUCUGCAUCCAAAUGAGAAUAAACCACAAUACAACAGAUCUACCACGUUUAUGGACGGCCUCAACCAGGCUGCAGAUGCCUUCACACGCAGAUUUAAGGUUACUAAACCAGGAAUGAAACGGGCCCACUGGGCGGAAGAUGAAUAUCAAUUGAAGCAGAAAUUGGAGUCAAUCAUGUCGAAUGCUGAAGUGUUUCUAUCCAAAGGGGAUUUUCGAACCCAAGCGAAGACAAUGGAAGGCUCCCGAGACUUUGGGGCCCAGCUAUUCUGUGCCUUAUUGCGGUCUGUAGCCGUAGAGGCGAGACUUGUUUGCUCAUUGCAACCGUUGCCAUUUUCUGGCACUUUGAAAGACAUGACACCGUCUAAACCAAAGCAUCCAUAUAUUGUGAUAUCCUCCGACGAUCAUGGCUCCUCAGCAGAUGAACGAAGUCCGAUUGCAACAUCGCGAGACUCGCCAUUUCCGGUAUUUUGGGUGGAAGCUUUCAACGAAGCUGCGCAGAAAUGGGUUUCAAUUGACCCCAUCGUAACAAAAACCCUUGCUAAACCUUCGAAGUUUGAACCACCUGCGAGUGAUUCAUUGAAUUUGAUGAAUUAUGUGGUUGGUUUCGAGGACGACGCUUCCGCAAGAGAUGUCACUCGUCGCUAUGUAAAAGCGUUUAAUGCAAAGACGCGGAAACUGCGCGUGGAAUCUACACGGAACGGCGAGGAGUGGUGGAAUAAAGCGCUAAAGGCCUACGAAAAGCCCUUCUUCGAGGAUCGGGAUGCGGCAGAGAUUAGUGAACUAACAUCCAAAUCAGCAGCUGAGCCCAUGCCACGCAAUAUCCAGGACUUCAAGGACCACCCCAUCUAUGCGCUCGAGCGACACGUUCGUCGCAAUGAAGUGAUCCAUCCCAAACGCAUCAUUGGGCACGUGGGGUUGGGAAAAAGCGUAGCGCGGAGUGAGACAUCAGAACCCGUUUAUCGUCGAGCUGACCUGCAUAUUGUGCGAAGCUCCGAUAAAUGGUAUCGCCUUGGGCGGGACGUUAGAGCUGGCGAGCAGCCUCUCAAGCGUGUUGCUGUAAUCCGAAAUAAAGCCGGGGGCUUGAGUGACGAUGAAGAUGAAAACGAGUCUCAAGAGACUACACUAUACGCCGAGUUCCAGACGGAAAUCUACGUUCCACCACCAGUAGUCCAGGGGAGAAUCCCGAAGAACGCAUAUGGGAACCUCGAUGUCUAUGUGCCCAGUAUGGUUCCGUUUGGCGGAGUUCACAUCAAGCGGCCGGAGGCAGUUCGAGCUGCUCGAAUUCUUGGCAUUGACUAUGCCGACGCAGUCACUGGAUUUGACUUUAGAGGCCGUCGAGGCACGGCUGUAUUCGGGGGAAUUGUUAUUGCCGUCGAAUACCAAGAAGCGCUUGAGGAAGUUUUGAGGGGUCUGGAAGAUGAGAGGCGGCAUGCUGCACUGGAGGCAAGAACUGCGGAGGCUCUGCGAUUCUGGCGGCUCUUUUUGAUGAAACUUAGGAUCGCAGAAAGAGUCAAGGAAUAUGCUAGCGAUAACGAAGAACAACAGCUCGAAGGUAUCGAAGACGAAAUGGAUGUUGAAGAUGCUGGUGGUGGUUUCUUUCCUGAACCAGACCAACCAGCCAAUAGCCCGUCCCUGAAAGUCCUGGGAAAGGGCAAAAUGGUACACGACCAGAAUUUCCCCGAAGAAUACACGGAAACAGAGAUGGAACCGUCAUUGCACGAGGAGGAUUAUACGCUUGGAGGCGGGUUUCUGCCCGAUGAUCAUGACCCAGCUCCGAACCCAGUGGAACCCCCCGAGCCUGCGCCUUUGGCCGUAAACCCGACAUCGAUUCCUGAGAUUAUUGCCAGGAAAAAAGCAUUGAAGACCCCCCGCUACUCACUGGUGGUUGUCCCAAACCACGGCUUAAACCCGACAUCCGUACCCGGAGUCCUCGCAGGAUCAUCUGACAAUGUUCCUAUCGCAGUGGAUUCAUCCACAAAUGGUGGCUCCAAAUCCGCAAGUGUGGUCACUAUCUCCCGGCCACCGUCACCAGUGCCCAAUUAUGAUUCUGAUAGCGAGAUCGAGAAGGGAUCCUUGCUUUCUGAGGACCCUGAAGAUGAGGAUGCAAUUCCCGAAUGGCUGAUGUCUGAUGAGGACUAG